AUGGAGAAUGAAUCUGAAUUUUAUGUAAAGCCGAAAUGUUCCAGAAAAAGGAGAAGACAUUUUGAUGAAUAUGUUCAAGACAUUGAUGAAGGUACGGUUUUACAAGGUGAAGAAGGCUUUAGAGACAAUUAUUUUCUAAACAUCAUGGAUCAAACGAUUGUUUCUGUUGAGACACGAUUUGAACAAUUUGAAAGUUUCAGUUGCUUCUGCAGAGAGAAGUUUUUCAAAGCUGAAGCUGAUAAAGAAUUAUCUACGAUCUACAAUGUCACAAGACAAGUUGAAUGA